GGAAGUUCAUUUAAACACACAGUGUACAUUACUACCAUUGUGUGGUUGGUAACAGUGAGUGUUUAGAGUGGUUUAAAGCACGCUCUUAUAAAUCAAUCACCAAGUGAAAGUGUUGGCCUUGGGUGUCAAACCACUAAACCAUGACACACUUGCCUGCCAAGUUCAUUCACCAGUGACAUGAAUGUUAGGCUCUGAACAGGAGGGCAUGUUCCUGCCUGAAUCAUACACCGCAUGUGGUGAAAAUAAAUUAUAGCAAGGAGCACGAGGAAGUCUUAUAACGGCCUGGGCCCAAUUUGAACAUUCUUGUGACCAUGGGUCCCUACAGAAAAACAGCUUUGUCCAACAAUUAGAAUGUAACGUCAUGCCACUAUUACAUGGGACAAGUUGUGGCAAAUCGCUGAAGUCUAAGAUUUGGAAGCUGCGCUGAGAGACUGAGACUGAGGGAUCAAGAUAUCGAUGAUCUACCAUGGAGGGAAACAAUAAUCUCUUUAUCAUUUCACUGCUCCUGCUUCUUCUGCUCUCAGACAGACCAACAGAGACAGAGUCCGCAUCAAGAGAUCAAAACUCCUCCGACAUCUGUUGCCCCGGUGAAGCAGGGAUGCCUGGCGUGGACGGUUUCCCUGGUUACCCAGGACGGAGGGGGAUGCCAGGCAGACAGGGAGAGAAGGGACAGCGUAGGGAUGGAGAGAGAGGUGCAAAAGGGGAGCCAGGACCGGCAGGGAUUAAGGGAGAUCCAGGAGAGAUGGGGCCUCGGGGCCAGGCAGGGUUGCUUGGACCAAGAGGUCCAUUAGGGAGAACAGGGCCAGGUGGCGAUCCGGGUUAUAAAGGAGAGAAAGGAUUCAAGGGAGAUCCUGGAGAAGUCGGAGAAAUUGGUCUGAAAGGGCUCCGUGGGUCUAAAGGGAUUAUUGGCAUGGAGGGAGUGAAAGGGGAGAACGGGACCAGGCGGAAGGGUAGAAAGGGUCUGUCUGGAGAUAGGGGGGAACCUGGCCCUGUGGGCCCCAAAGGCAGGAUUGGACCAACUGGAAUAGGGCCUAAGGGGCCUCAGGGAGAACAGGGUAAAAAGGGCUACACUGGUGAUCGGGGAACGCCUGGUCCUGGCUUACCGAAAGCCGAGUUCAUGGUUAGGAACAUCAUAUCUCACAGCGCAGGAACCUUCCGAAUCGACUACAACACCGUGACCAACAUAGGCGGGUACUUUGACUACGAGGUGUCUCGGUACACCAUUGGGGAGUCAGGGACCUAUGUGCUGCAGAUCGCCACUAAUUAUAUCGGUGGACGGUUUCAGAUGAUGCAUAACUACAGCCCACUGAUCACAGGGUCAGGCUUCCUACUGGCUAUCAAGGACUGUCGAGCCGGAGAUCAAAUAUGGUUGAGAAUUGAAAUAUCAAAGGUUUACUUUGAGAAUAUGGACUUUUGGCUCUCGGGUUACAUGCUUUACAAUCUUUAGUCAGAAAUCUAAAGAAAAAAAAUACUUACUACUUUAUAAAAUACUUACU